AUGUCUGCCCCACUUAUGAUGCUUAUCAACCUUAUCAGGGAUCCCGAGAUCUCCAACAAGGUUAUCUUGCAGUUUGCUUUCAGACAAAUCAAGGCCAUUGGCUACGCCAAGGUGCUCUCGAUGUUGCUCGGAGCCAUGAUGGUAGGAGUGUCUUCUGUGAUCAAGAUCCCGCAAAUCAAAAAGAUAUUGGGCCCCAAAACAAUGGCUGCAAGGUCCAAGUUGGCCAAGGGACUCAGUGAGGAGUCUGUUCUGUUGGAAACCGCUGCCCAGUGGAUCCACGUCACCUACAAUCAGCAGCAAAGAAACAGUUUUGUCAAUUACGGCGAGCUGUUCUUGUUGGGCAUCCAGAACAUUGCUAUUCUCUUGCUCCUCAAGUACUACAAGUUGAGAAGAGAGCUCUCGGCUGCCACCACCUUGACCGACAAGGACCAGAUCAACGAGUGCCUCAAGGCGUUGGUCAAGCCUGCUGCCACCAUUGUGGCCGUGUUGGUGUUCUUGACCAAGAUCUGUCCACCCCAGGUGAUUGCAACUUUGCAGAUCUUGAACAUCCCAAUUGGCAUCUUGGCCAAGAUCCCCCAGAUCAGAAGAAAUCUGGCUUUGAAGAGCACCGCCCACUUGUCCGAGGUGACGAUUUUCGCUAAUGUGAUUGGCUCUGCCAUCCGUGUGUUCACCACUGUGUCGAACUUCAAGAAGAGCCGCUCCAGAGACUCUGUUUUGCUUGCCGGCUACCUGACGUCGUUUGCCUUGAACGCCGUUCUUGCUGGCCAGAUUGUGCACUACGGCAAGCAGGAGAAGGACGAGAAGAAGGUGGAGUAA